UGAACCUACAGAGAAAAAACAAGGCGGCCGGGAUUAUAACAUACACUGUUUGGUAUACCACUAUAGAUAAGAGACAGAAGCGAUUCACGUGAUGUUUUACAUUGAAGUCCACGUAGUGGCUCUGACCGAUCAUCCGUGUUUCGCCUUUAAAACUCCCGCGAAAACUUUCAAUGAUUAUACCUCUCAAAACCCCCCCAUAACUGAACCAUGGCCCCUGAUGGUGAGUGUCCAUUUGAAAGUAACAUUUUGCUUGUCGUGAAGUAGCUAGAUGCUUGUGUACAUAUAAUUUAUAGCUAAGGCAAAUAAUUAUGAGGUAAAAGUUGUGUUUAGCAGUAGAGCUGCUUUGUGAAUCCCUCUCUAUCCUCCACCACGUAUGGAAAGCGCGCCUGAUAAUCCUGCUGUUUUCGCGUGGCAUGGAUUUAAUAGUAAAUUUGUUAGUAAAACUCUCCGUAGAUUAUCAAUAGUUUAUAUCAGGAGCACAUGAGGAGAUGGAGCGUUUUAUGACCUAAUAUUGCAGACUUAAUAUUGUCUAACUACAAUUCCUUGUUUGUAAGUGCUCUGUACAUGUGGCGCCUGAUAAUGCUAAUAAUGGUACCUUGAAUAUCAUUAAAUGUUAGCGGUUUGCAUGUAUAUGGAUGUUUACAGUAUAUAUAGGACGAUAUCAAAUCCACAUAGUAAGAUGCUCCAUCUCCUCAUGUGCUCCAGUAUAUAUAGAUUAUGAAGUAGUUAGUAGUACCAAGGGCAUAUGAAGAGAAGAGGGCAUGCAACUCGCAAUGUACACUGUGUAGUUGUCAAAAAACUGAUGAGUCAGCAGGAUAUAGCCAACCGCCCACACGUAAAUAGGCGCGAUAGUGGGCGUGAACACUGUUAAACUAGAAAUGUACCACAAAAUUACUUUAGAAGAGUUUAGAAUUGAUCAAUGGCUACUUCUAGUCUAUAGUAUUGGUCCUUCUCUUCCGCUUGUUGACCUUUGUGGCUAACUCUACCCAACAGUACAGUGCUAGCUCUAGCUGGCUUGGUGACUAUUAUGGAGAAAUCGAUACUUCACAGAGGUAUAUCGAUAAAUGUUUCACUUGAUGGUACUGAUAUCCCCCAAACGGACUCAGUCAAGUAUCUCGGAGUGACGAUUGACAAAGACCUCAACUGGAAAGCUCAUACGGAGCAAGUACGUCGCAAAUCACUGGCCGCACUCUCAACAAUCAAACGCUCUAGCUCCUUCCUACCAAGCAACACCCGCAAACUAUUAUUUAACAGCCUUGUUCGCCCCCACCUAGACUAUUGCUCAGUGGUAUGGCAUUCAUGCAACUCUACCAUCAGUAAGAGAAUUGAACGUAUACAGAACUAUGGAAUGCGUGUGAUAUUAGGAAAACCUCCACGCACUAGCAGCUCACCCCUCAGGGACCAACUUGGCUGGACUACACUCCAAGAAAGGCGGCAGAGGUUUAUGCUCACUCUAGUUCACAGAUGUCUGCUGAACCUUGUCCCUCCUUACCUGAAGAACAAGUUUAAACUCAACUCGAUACUGUACAACAUUGGGACCCGUGGAUCAGGUAAUAUCCACCUAGGCCAGCCAAACUCUGAACACUACAGAAGCAGCUUUGAAUACUCAGGUGCUCUGCACUACAACCGUCUCCCGCUAUCCUCAAAAUCAUGCCCCACUUUAAAGUUGUUCAAAACCUCCCUGAAAACCCUACACAUCACAAUCUAGGAGAACACCUGUCAUAUAUGAAUUAAUUAUCUAUAUGUAUGUUUUAUUUAUUUCUUUUCUUUUAUAUAGGACCUGCAUGAAAACCUACCAUUAUGGUGGAUGCAGCAUUCCUAUCCAAAUGAAAAUUUAUCUAUCUAUCUAAAUCAAUUAGUUGCUUAGGAAUAAAAAAGGCCACAAAUA